AUGAAUGAACAGCUUGCACUACAGACCGCCAUGCCUCCAAUAAUCUCUGGUAGUUCCUUCACUGUGCACAGCGGCAACGUUAACAACUACCUGGAGCUUGUUACUCGACGUCAUAAAAAUUCUGCUGCUGAAAUCGCCGCUGCUUUUAAGUACUUGGCUGCACAAAAUACAGUAUUUCGAUUAACGGAAAGCGUCUUUUCACCCACUACAGAAGUACUGCAAGAUCCAAAGAACGAUGUAAAAACUUCACUCAAGGUCUGCCUUUCCACAUUUUCGGCUAACGACGUUCAAAAUGCGGUUCACAGUCACGUUAGACACACUGAAGCUGGGAUCAUUGUCGCAGCUCAUCGUAUCUUUCCCUUAUGA